AGGUUGUGUCAGUGUUUGCGCUUAUUGCAAGGAUCACAUCUGCCGCUAUCUUUUAAUCAUGUCUUGCUUCCAUUAUCAGGCACAAUAGCAACGUUGUAACGUGUUCAGUUAUCUGCGGACCAUACAUCGGAGCAACGGAUCAGCUGUACCCUGCGACCUGUUACAUUAUAGAUCACACACCCGAAAGGCCCCCUAUGCCUCUUACACAGUACAAUGUGCGCACUUUGGUUCCUCAGAUAUGGGGCUUCUUGGUCGUGGCAGAAGGUCCAGAAGUUAAAUCAAGAGAUCGCAUUACUAUUUUAUCUCCUUCACCAGGACUUUCACCAUUUCGCGAAGUGAUGGUUUCAGGGCAAACCUGAUGAUGUAGCUGCAAAACACGUGUUCCUACGACUCUGACGACGUCAUGUUGAUCGGGGAGGGAGCGAGGAUCGUCGCUAAAGAGCCGGAAAAAACGGACCAGCGUAUAAAUGCGU